AUGGAGAAGAGCCAGUAUGGACCCCCGCAGGACGUGUCUGCUCCCCCCUACCCCGGCCUCCCAGCGGGCUACCAGGGAAGUGGAGGGGGAACAGCCUACCCCCCUCAGCCUGGCUACCAGGGAAGUCCCCAACCCGGCAUGUACCCACCACCUCCCCAACCCGGCAUGUACCCACCACCUCCCCAAUACGGCACGGGCAUGGCACAACCUACAAACGCCCCCAGUGUAACCCAGGUGGUGGUGAUGCAGCAGCUGCUGCCUAGAGACGUACCCGGCCAGAUGACGUGUCCCCACUGUCAGGUCCCGGUUCUGACAGAGACCACACACACCCCUGGACUGCGCACCUGGGUCCUCUGUGGAGUCCUCGGCAUCUUUAUGUGCUGGCCAUGCUGUUUGAUUCCGUUCUGUGUUGACUCCUGUAAGGACGUAGAACACCACUGCCCCAACUGCAAGAGAGUGAUCCACAUCCACAAACACAUGUGA